AAUAUUUGAGGUUAGAUUUGAACUCGGGUCAUCUGGACUCCAUCCACUGUGCCACCCAGCAUCCUCUUAAUAGCUGAGAGUGCCAGAAAAGGCCUCCUGAACAAGAUGAUGAUUGAGCUGAAUAUUGAAAAAAGCUGGUAAUUCUAAAAGGCAGAGGUGAAGAGAGAGAACAUUCCAGGGAUGGGGGACAGCCAGGGCCAAAACACUGAGACCGGAGAUGGAGCAUUCCUUGUGAGGCAGCAUGAAGACCAGGAUAGCUGGAAUUUAGGGGAACGAGGAAGAGCCAUGUGGAAGAAGAUGGGAACGCUGUGAGGGCCAAACUGUGAGGUACUCUAGGGGGUGUGCUUUAGGCCAUCACUCUGACCAGAAACCUGAGAUGUAGCUCGUCCUCGGAAGUCACAGUUGGUUCCUGUGCUGCUCAUUUCUUCGUAGAAGAUCUACCCCAAAGCAGAGAGCUCUUCUAGACAGACCUGGGAGAAGAGGCACAGAGAGUCCAGUGUGAGAGAGGGUUGUGGGCUGGGGCGGGCUUCCCGGGGGAAGUGGGCUACCCAGGAUGUAGUAGUGCUAGUGAGUCAGCCUCCUGUCCUCUUCCUUCAUUUUCUCUUCACGGUUCCUUGUGCUGUGUUCCUGCGACUACUUCAAUGCCUCCUCUGCACUGCCUGAUGCGCGAUGAUGUCAUUCCCAUAUCACCACCUCCUUGAAUCCUGUUCUAAUGUGAGUGAUGCAGAGUUCAGGGUGGAUGUGGCCUGGGAUUGAACAGGUCUCCUGACUACAAGACCACUUAAAGAAAGUUUGGAUCAGAAGUUUGGGCCAUGGGAAGUAGCAAAAGCAAACCCAAAGACCCCAGUCAGCGACGCCGAAGCCUGGAACCCACCGAGAAUGUCCUCCACAGUGGCUUCCCUGCUUCUCAGACCCCUAGCAAGGCAUCUGUGCCCGAUGCCCACCGCACUCCCAACCCACCCUUUGGGACCACGGCACCUGAGACAAAGCUCUUUGGCGGCUUCAACACAUCAGACACAGUCACCUCCCCCCAGCGCUCAGGGCCUUUGGCAGGUGGAGUGACCACUUUCGUGGCCCUAUAUGACUAUGAAUCCCGCACUGAGACAGAUCUGUCCUUCAAGAAAGGGGAACGCCUUCAGAUAGUCAACAACACGAGAAAAGUGGAUGUCAGCCAGACCUGGUUCACAUUCAGAUGGCUCCAAAGAGAAGGAGACUGGUGGCUGGCCCACUCACUCACCACUGGACAGACUGGCUACAUCCCCAGCAACUACGUAGCCCCAUCUGAUUCUAUCCAGGCCGAGGAGUGGUAUUUUGGCAAGAUCACCCGUCGGGAGUCUGAGCGGCUGCUGCUUAAUUCGGAGAAUCCCCGAGGCACAUUUCUGGUCCGGGAAAGUGAGACUACCAAAGGUGCCUAUUGCCUUUCUGUCUCUGACUUCGACAAUGCCAAGGGCCUCAAUGUGAAACAUUAUAAGAUCCGAAAACUGGACAGUGGAGGCUUCUACAUCACUUCCCGCACACAAUUUAACAGCCUGCAGCAGCUCACGGCCUACUACUCCAAACACGCUGAUGGCUUGUGCCACAGACUCACCAACGUCUGUCCGACGUCCAAGCCACAGACCCAGGGCCUGGCGAAGGAUGCCUGGGAAAUCCCCCGGGAGUCCCUGCGGUUGGAAGUGAAACUGGGUCAGGGCUGCUUUGGAGAAGUGUGGAUGGGGACCUGGAAUGGCACUACCAGAGUGGCGAUAAAGACCCUGAAGCCUGGCACCAUGUCCCCAGAAGCCUUCUUGCAAGAAGCACAGGUCAUGAAGAAGCUUCGGCAUGAGAAGCUGGUACAGCUGUAUGCUGUGGUGUCUGAGGAGCCCAUCUACAUUGUCACAGAAUAUAUGAACAAGGGGAGCUUGCUGGACUUCCUUAAAGGUGACAUGGGCAAAUAUCUUCGGCUGCCCCAGCUGGUGGACAUGGCUGCUCAGAUUGCAUCAGGGAUGGCCUAUGUGGAAAGGAUGAACUAUGUCCACCGAGACCUCCGGGCUGCCAACAUCCUGGUGGGAGAGAAUCUGGUGUGCAAGGUGGCAGACUUUGGGCUGGCCCGGCUCAUUGAGGACAAUGAGUACACUGCCAGACAAGGUGCCAAAUUUCCCAUCAAAUGGACAGCCCCAGAAGCUGCCCUAUAUGGCCGGUUCACCAUCAAGUCUGAUGUGUGGUCCUUUGGAAUCCUGCUGACUGAGCUGACAACCAAGGGUCGAGUGCCAUACCCAGGAAUGGUGAACCGGGAGGUACUAGACCAGGUUGAGCGAGGAUACCGGAUGCCCUGCCCACCAGAGUGCCCUGAAUCCCUGCAUGACCUCAUGUGCCAGUGCUGGCGAAAGGACCCUGAAGAACGCCCCACAUUUGAAUACCUGCAAGCAUUUCUGGAGGACUACUUCACAUCCACAGAGCCCCAGUAUCAGCCUGGGGAGAACCUAUAGAGUUGGACUGGGACCCUGGUGCCAAAGACUCCCUCUUGUCCCUCAGGAUUGUCCUGAGGGCUUGCUGGGCCAGAGGCCUAUCCAGCUGAGACCAUGGUGCUGUAGCUAUGGUGGGCUCUUCCCAGAGCUUGGGCAAUGGGCCACUUCUUCCCCCUUUGCCUGGUCAGAGGGACUUGGUCACACCCUCCCUGCCAACAGUGAUGAUGAUUUUUGUCCUUGAGGUGAGCAGCAGUGAGGUGGUGGCCCAAGAGCUGCCAGUGAUGGAGCUGAAGGGCUGAACGUCUGAGCCUUAGGCCUAUUCCAUCAUAGGCAUUCCAGCCCCUAGUCUCCUUCUGCUCAUUGGGAGGAUGGAGAGACCAGAUUCCUGGAGCAGCAGAUCUCAGGCUGAUGGCUCAGCACUGAAGGUUAAUGUGGGCACUGAAAACCCCUUUCCUUUCCCUAGUUGUCCCUUGUCACUCCCUCCUCCCCCCAAAAACAUGAUUCCCUUCCUGGGCUAGCUGUCUUGUUUGGUGUUAACAGCCAAUCCAGCAACAGGUUCUUAAGGAAAAAAGAGCUUAGGGCUUUGCUUGGGUGGAUAAGGGAUGGUCAGUGCCAUUUCUGCUCACAGCUGAAAGCUAAGACUAGCCUUAGCCCAAGGGCCUGGAUCCUGCUCAGAUGAGGGAAAGGCCUAUGUCUAGCUCAGUGUACAUCAGAUUGCAGCUAUCAGUCUUCCAGUCCUGUCCAGUCUAAUCUCCUUUCUUUAAUAGUUAACAACACAGGACUUUGCCCAUUAGAAAAUCACCAUGAAGAUCUCUUGUUGCCAUUUUCUGGGACUUCAUGUUGAGAACUCUCCUCUUCCCCUGGAAAUUGGUUGAACAUUUCUGGUAGAUUCUUUCUCCAAGAUCCCUCCCAUUUAAUGUUUGGUUGUGGUCGGCAAACUUCUGCUCAGUCUUUAGGCCUAGUACCUAUCAAAUCCUUUCCUCCACCUCCUGGUCCUGAUUUAUUCACUCCCAGCUUCAUGAAUUGUCCAAAGGUCCCCUUUGUCAAGCUGAAGAGCCACACUUCUAAUCCAGGGGUCCUGCAGGGGUGAUUCUUCUCUAACUCAUAAUACUCAUAAUACUCUUCCCUGCCAGUUCAUGGAGGUAAGAAAUCUUGCUGCCCCUAACCAUUAUGCUUGAAAUCCCUUCAGGAAAGCUUAGCCCAGGAAACAUCUUUGCACUAGUUAGCCUUUUUUUUUCCCCCUCCCAUGAGAAACUUUACAAAAUUAUAAGGGAAUUUUGGAGGAUUUAAUCCAACAGUGUCACUUCACCUCAUCUUAGAUCAGGAACAGGUCCUGAUCCUUUGGGGUGACAGGCUUUGAAAUGACAGUUUCUAAUCUUCCUUCCCUUCUUCCAAACCAGUGCAGUAUCUCCGGGCUACAAAUGGGAUGUCCACUGAACACUGGGUUCCAUCAAAAGGCUGGCAUGGAAUCCUCACUUGAUCCCUUCCAUGCUUUCUCCUCCUUCCCCCACCUCAAGAAUGUCCAUCCUCCAUUGUGGGGCUUCUAAAAUUGGGGAGGAAGGAGGCAGAAUGAGAGAAGAGCCAGAAGUCUGGUUUUUAUCACAGGGGCAGGACAGAGCUGGGCAAUGGUCAGCAGUAGUUAGUGUUCUAAGUCCAUCAGAAUUCUCUUCCUAUUCUGAACUCAGUACAUGUUGUCUUUAUUUUUUCCCCCCAAUUCUGACCAGAUGGCUUAAGACACAGAAUGUCAAUCCUAGAUCUAGUUUAAUGACCCCAUUUUACAGGAAAUGAACCUAAGACCCAGAAGAGGGAAAAGAGCUUUUCCCAGAUCACACAGAGAAUUAAUGAAUGGCAGAAGUGGGACCUGAGAAACCUGAAACAUCAGAACAGGCUGAGGAUCUGACAGGUAAAAGCCUGUUUCCAAAGUUGAGGCCUUUGGUCUUUGUCCUCUGGGAAACUGAAGCAAGGAUGACCAGUUACAUCUUCAUCCCCACACAUACACCUCACCAACGUGAUGUACACCAUAUUAUUCUUAGUACCAAAUGAGCAGAUUAUGUGGUAAUCAAGAAGGGAAAUCCGGUAUGACCAUAGAAAAAUCAAGGGAGGGAAAAGGUUAGUUGUCUUUUUUUUGGUGGGGGGCUGGGGGACAGGCACAAGUUUUUUUUCAUAGUCUCUAAGUUAGAAGUGACCUUAGAAAUCCUACAGUCCAAUCUCCUGUCGGUGUCCUUGAUGGGAUUGAUAAUCCAGCCUCUGCCUGGAAAUGUCCAAUGACAGGAAGCUUGCUACCUUUAAAAUAAUUUAGAUGUGCCAAUGGAACUUGAAAAUGCUCCUCCAGCUCAUGAGGCAGGAGCAAAGUGGUGGGGUCUGGCUGAAGGAAUCUAAAAUUUGGUGACAGAAACAACUGUCAAAGGUAAGGAAACCUAGCACCAGUCUUCCCUGGCUCAGGACACAACCUGCCAGAGGCUUGGUAUUUUUUAUAGGCCCUGAAGGCUCACUGCCAUUUUGGGCUAGGUCUUCCUCAUUCCUAUCUUUCUUUCAUCCCCUACCCUCCCAUCUUCCCAUCCAGCUUGUCUUUCCAAGCAGAGACCCUGAUAAGAUUGUUAAUGCCGAUGGCAAUAGGGAGUUACAUUUCCUCAGAAGCUUAACUUUGCAAAAGAGGUCCUCAAAAGGCUGGGAAGCCAAGGUUGGCAUGUGUGUGUGUAUGUGGGUGCAUGUGUGUAGCUGUGUGUCCAUAUUUAACAUGUAAAAAAACCCUUUGGGGAACAUUGUACAUUACCUUCUUCCUAUUCCACUUCCCCCGUGGUAGGCCCAGUCAGCCAUCCCUCCCGCCUCUCAGUAGUAUAGCAAUAAUGACCACAGGCCCCCUGGGAUUCACUUGUCCAGGGCUGGGUCAGCCCAGUGCUUGGGGCUGCACACCUGGGGCUAAUCUCUCCAAUCUCUGUACCAAUCAGCUGAGAAUGCAGGCUCAGGCCCAGGGUGCCCUAGGAGGAGGUGGCCGGGAUACCUUGUGCCAACCAGGUCUUGCCCACAAAAAAGGGCAUUGAUGAUGGCCUCCUUAGGUGUCCCAGUCAGUUCUGAGGGUUUCACCACUUCCAUUCUUCAAUCUCCCCAUCCCCAGCCAAUAAAGAGGUAAUUUGUUAUCUAAUGAAACUGUACCAUAAUGAUUGCUGUCACUGUCUGGAUUCUCUUUAGCAUUCCUGUCCUUCUGAAGAACUCAGUCCCUUGCUACAAGAGGUUCUGAAGCUGUCAUUUUUUUUUUAAAUUGUUUUGUAAAUUCCUGAUGACUAUGCAGGGACCUUGGGGUGUCUCACUCUCACCGUGGUUUGGCUGUGUAUAGCUUUUAACCUUGGUGGGAGGCAGGGAGGGAGGGAUGUCUUGAGAACGGCAAAAAGGUGGUUUGUAAAUACUUUGCAUUUUGUCUGAUUAAACACAAACAGACCUCACUAGUGCAUUUAUGGGAGGGAGGGAGAGAGGGAGGGAAGGAAGAGGAUAUGUGCCCCUCUGUAGGCAUGUUGCCUAUGGGUACAUGUGUUGCCUCCACUGUCACCCCUUCUGACACUUCAUGGUGAUGACCCGAGGUUAUCAGAGGCGAAAUUUGCAGGCCCCUCAAGCUUGCUUAAAGAUCUUUAAAUCAGGGUCUGGUGGUUAUCUGAAGACUGGUCUGAUUAAGUUCAGAAGCACCUCCAAGGUGGCUGUAGACAGGAAAGCCUCUGUGUCAGGGGAAGGGGACAUGCUGAUGCUAUCAGAUCCUGAAACCCACUGAAGACCACCAUGCUACUAGAGCUUUGCUACCAGGAGGAGGGAGACUUCUAAGGUCCCCUCCAGAGCUAUGACUGCCUUAUAACGUGCACGGAGCUCUUGGCGCCAUUUUAGGGGCUACCUUCUUGUGCCCAGGACAGCUGCUUCUCCCCUCACCUGUCCUAUGGUGCCCCCUGGUGGGAGCUGCUGGAAUUCCACAAACAAACAAGUUUGUUACUUGUAUGCUCCCCGGCUCUAGAACCCCGAGAAGUGUAAGCUUGUCCCAAAGGCCGAGUGCCCAGGGGAGGUCCCGCCCAGAGAGGUAAAAGAGGCUCAGCUGUGACGAAACUGAGGGCAAAGUGAAACUUCCAGGGAGUGGAAACCUGGCUUCUCCUCUAAGCACCAAGUCACCAAGUGGUGAUGUGGCCUUCGAAAGCUCAGGUCUCUCUGGGCCUCAGUUUCUCCUCUGUACUAAAUGGCCACUAAGAACCCUGGCAUUGCACUGGUAAGUAGGAGAGUCCUUGUGCCCCCCUCCCCUCGCCACAUAAUUUCCUGAACUGGGAUUGCAUUCUGGUGCCACACAAACUUCCUCUUUGCUACACCCCCAUUUAAACACGUGAAAACCAAUGGCAUUGUAAGAAGUCCACAAAUCACUCAAGAGCCCAAAAACCAAAGUUUAUAAAGCUUUUAUUAAACAUCUUAAACAGCUGUGCAAUUGAGCCAACCAAAAAUAAAACAAUGUUUUUAACCAGCAGCCCUUAAAUUUCAAAAAUGUUGCUGUUAGGUCCAAUUCCCCAGGUGACAAGCACCAAGUUCAGUCCUCUGCCCAGGUCACCUCCCACUCCUCAGUCAAUCCAAGGGGAGAUGAGUAAGUGGAUCAGACUGGAAGCAUACUAAGAAAAACAAAGUUUCCUUCCUGGAUAUUUGUUUGUACUAUGGAAUCUUUGAAGCGACAAAGCCUAGGGGUCCCAGUAUGGCACGAAAGUGGCUACUUCUUAUCACUUCUCCUGAGUUGUUUCAUUCAGGCUGAUGUGUUCCAGGGCUUGCGUCCUUCCAACAAUCUCUGCCAUUGUAGAGAUACCAACUGUGCUAGUGAUAAAUUCCCAAUUCAAAUACACAACAUACAUCCUUCCCAGCUAAUAAAAACCAAGAUAACCCCCUACCCAAAACCACUGAUUGCUCAUCACCAUUUUGAAAGCGCAGAUCUGCUUCCCAACCCAGUUGUGUGGGAAUCAGCAGAUUUAAAGGAAUUGGGACAAAGAUUAAAAAAAAAAAAAAAAAAAAA